UUUUGUUCGCCUCCGUGGCGAAUUGGAUGUGGUUCCUAUAACUACGCAUAUUUUUGAUCUUGGGAACUGCGUACGCGUUGUCCCUGUUUCUCUUUUAUUUUCAAAAUCGUUGUGAUUGGCGUAGGAGAAGGAGUGUAAUAACUCUACUCAGAGCCUUAUAUUGAAUGAAGGAAUGAAUGAAUCAUAUGAGCUUACAAGCGCUUCAGCCGAAACUACGCGUGUCGCCAGCAUAUUUUGAACAAUAUAAAAUGUCUACGUUGACACAAGUACAAGGUAAUAAAAUUUUUGGAGGAUGGCAAAAGGUAUAUUCACAUGAUAGCACAGAAUUAGGAUGCAAAAUGAAAUUUGCCAUCUACUUGCCACCCCAAGCUGAAGAGGGUCCUGUUCCAGUUACCUAUUGGUUAUCUGGUCUUACUUGUACCGAAGCUAACUUUAGUGAAAAAGCUGGAGCUCAAAAGUAUGCUGCAGAACAUGGUGUGCUGCUUGUCAUACCAGAUACAAGCCCAAGAGGACUGAAUAUCCCUGGAGAAGAUGAUAGUUAUGAUUUUGGCACUGGUGCAGGAUUCUAUGUGGAUGCAACAUGUGAGCCAUGGAAAAAAAAUUACAGAAUGUACAGCUAUAUUACCAAAGAAUUACCAGCUCUGAUCAAUCAAGAAUUUCCAACAUUGCCAGAUAGACAAUCCAUUAUGGGCCACAGUAUGGGAGGACAUGGUGCGCUAAUAUGUGCUCUUAAAAACCCUGGACAAUAUAAGACAGUUUCAGCAUUUGCACCUAUAAGUAAUCCAACGCAAUGUCCAUGGGGAAAGAAAGCCUUUUCAGGAUAUUUGGGAGAGACAGAGGAUAAUAUUACAUGGAAAGAAUGGGAUAGCACGGAAUUAGCAAAAAAAUAUAAUGGCCCACCUCUGGACAUUUUAAUCGAUCAGGGCAAAGAGGAUCAGUUUCUGAAACAAGGACAAUUGUUACCAGAGAAUCUAUUAAAUACUGCAAAAGAUAACGGCAUAGCGCUCGUUCUCAGAUUUCAAGAGGGCUAUGAUCACAGUUAUUAUUUUAUAGCUACAUUUAUCGAGGAUCACUUUAAACAUCAUAUGAAAUUUCUUAAAAAUUAGAUUUACCUGAUGCUGAUGCUUUAUCCAAACAAUAAGAUUUUGAAAUUAUGCUAU